AUGAACGCAUUCAACACUGCUGGUUCUUUGCCAAUCCACACUGCCGCAUCCCAGAUCUCCAUUGUGGACGUCUUCUUCCCCGGCUUCACCGGCAUCUCAGCGUCCAUACAGCAACUCCUAGCUAGUGAUCUGAACAGCUACGCUCACCUUCUGUGCUUCUGCAGCAUGCUCCUGUUCUUGGGGAGAUAUGCCGUCCGUUACUUGACGGACUUGAUGGAGACCUAUUUCACUUCGACUGUCCACGUCUCCUACUACAACGAAGCGUACGAUAUGGUCAUCACCUGGGUAUCCACCCAGCCGUUCGCCCAUAAAGCUCGCUCCUCUCUCGCCAGCGUCGGCGGCAUGCAGAGACGAGUAUACGCUGAUGAGCUUUCGAACGAGUACAAGAAAAAGCCUUUGCGGUUUUCACCUUGGAAUGGAUCAUUCCUCUUCGUGUAUAGGAACCAUCUGCUUCGGUUCCAGUGCGUGGCAAAAGAGACGAAGGAGGAUAUCUCCAUCUCCUGCAUCUGCGGAUCGUCGCAAAUCCUGAGAGACCUCCUGAGUGAAUGCCGAGCCAACUAUCUAAAACUUAUCCAGAAAAAGACUACGGUCUUUGAGCAUCAUGACGGCGAAUGGAGGAAGGCGAAGGCAAGAGACAUCAGACCAAUUUCGACAGUCAUCAUGGAUGAGGACGAGAAAACGGCCGUGCUGAAGGAUAUCGAGGGUUUCCUGGAUGAGCGAGCCCGCGGCUGGUAUGCAAGGCGCGGGAUUCCCUAUCGAAGAGGGUUCCUGCUGUAUGGGCCUCCUGGAACCGGGAAGUCCAGUUUCAGCCUGUCUGUGACCGGGCGUUUUGAACUGGAUAUCUAUGUCCUCAAUCUUUCGAGCAUCGACGACAACCGCCUGAACAGUUUGUUUGCCCAGCUUCCCCCGCAUUGUGUCAUUCUUUUAGAAGACAUCGAUGCUGCUGGCACGUCGCGAACGGAAGUCAGUGAAACGACAGAAAACGCCAGCCAGGGCGUGCGUCUGGAUGACGCGCUCAUCCGCCCUGGCCGAGUGGACAGAAAGGUUUUGUUUCAGCUCGCUGAUGAGAAGAUGAGUUCUCGUCUUUUCUGCACGGUUUUCAAGCGGUCGGAUGAGGAUGACAGCAACCCAGAAAAGAAGACUGAUGCAGAAACGAAGACCGAUGAUGAAAAAAUUGAUCGACUUGCGCGCUCACAACGUUUGAUCCAUCGCGGAAGCCUGGCGGACCCAACGUAUUCUUACGUGCGCAAGAUCCGGCUUGGCUGA